AUGACCGCCAACGGGACCUCGGCGCCGCUCCAGAUCCAGUUCGGGCUCAUCAACUGCGGCAACAAGUACCUGACGGCCGAGGCCUUCGGCUUCAAGGUGAACGCCUCGGCGCCCAGCAUGAAGAAGAAGCAGAUCUGGACGCUGGAGCAGGACGGCGACGACUCCAACGUGGUCUUCCUGAAGAGCCACCUGGGCCGCUACCUGGCGGCCGACAAGGACGGCAACGUGAGCUGCGAUCGGGAGCAGCCGGCCGCCGACUGCCGCUUCGUCAUCCUGGCCCACGACGACGGGCGCUGGUCGCUGCAGUCCGAGCCCCACAAGCGCUACUUCGGCGGCACCGAGGACCGCAUCUCCUGCUUCGCCCAGACCGUGUCGGCGGCCGAGAAGUGGAGCGUGCACAUCGCCAUGCACCCGCAGGUGAACAUCUACAGCCUCACCAGGAAGCGCUAUGCCCACCUGAGCGCCAAGCAGGAGGAGAUGGCGGUGGACCGCGACGUGCCCUGGGGGGUGGACUCCCUCAUCACCCUGGUCUUCCAGGACCAGCGCUACAGCGUCCAGACCUGCGACCACCGCUUCCUCCGCCACGACGGCCGGCUGGUGGAGAAGCCCGAGAAAGGCACCGGCUACACGCUGGAAUUCAGGUCCGGCAAGGUGGCCUUCCGGGACGGCGAGGGACGCUACCUGGCCCCCUCCGGGCCCAGCGGCACCCUCAAGGCCGGCAAGAGCACCAAGGUGGGCAAGGACGAGCUCUUCGUGCUGGAGCAGAGCUGCCCCCAGGUGGUCCUGAGAGCCGGCAACGAGAGGAACGUCUCCACCAGGCAAGGGAUGGACCUUUCAGCCAAUCAGGAUGAGGAGAGUGACCAAGAAACCUUUCAACUGGAGAUUAACAAGGACACCAAGAAGUGUGCCUUCAGGACCUAUACUGGGAAAUACUGGACCCUCACCUCCAACGGUGGGAUACAGUCCACUGCCUCGACGAAGAACGCCAGCUGCUACUUCGACAUCGAAUGGUGCGACAAGCGCAUCACCCUGAAGGCUGCAAAUGGCAAGUAUGUCACGGCGAAGAAGAACGGACAGCUCGCAGCCACUGUUGAGGCAGCAGGUGAGACAGAACACUUUGUGAUGAAGCUGAUUAACAGGCCAAUCAUUGUCCUUCGUGGGGAACACGGCUUCAUCGGCUGCCGCAAGGUGACGGGGACCCUGGACUGCAAUCGUUCAUCCUACGAUGUCUUUCAACUGGAGUUCAAUGAUGGUGCAUACAAUAUCAAAGAUUCCACUGGGAAAUACUGGAUGGUGGGAAGUGAGUCCUCUGUCACCAGCAGCAGCAAUACACCGGUGGACUUCUUCUUCGAGUUCUGCGACUAUAACAAAGUGGCUAUCAAAACCAACGGCAAAUACCUGAAGGGUGACCAUGCUGGUGUCCUCAAGGCUUCCACCGAUGCAAUCGACCCCUCCACCCUCUGGGAAUAUUAA